GACCAGAGGGAGUACGACGACCAGCGAGCCCUGGAGAUCCACACGGCGAAGGACUUCAUCUUCUCCAUGCUGGGUAGGGCAGCGACCGCGCGGGGCGGGGGCGAUGCCGGUGGGACCUCGGCGUUGGGCUCCGGGCUGUGCGGCACAGCGGAGCCUGUCCCCUCCGCGGGGGCUCCGGGGGCCGCAGGGAGCGCCUCGCCUUCGGGACGCUAUUCUUCCCCGCCCGCUCAACUACCCUUUAGCAGCGGUAUAUUUAUACGCGGAGAGGAAAGGCUGGGUCGCAGAGCUGGCCGGUGCUGGAGAAUCACAGCGAGCCCUCAGGGAUGGAGGCGAGGCGAGCCCAGCCCGAGCCUUUAUUGUUUUUAUCCUAACUACCAAGGAUGUUGGAAAUGCAGAUUUAUUUAACGUGUUUAUUUUUUAGGGGGUUAUUAGACCGGCCGGUGCUUGUAGAGGAGCAUCCUCUGAACUGCGUUUCUUGCUUGGGUUGCAAAACUUGCUGCGUAGUGGAGCGAGUUGGAUUGUGGCUGGGAGUCCUCAUCUGCGUGAAACUUUGCAUCGCGGGCAGGGAUCCUUAAAGUGGGGGGUAAAGGUGCUGGCCCUUGCAGGAAUCACCUGGGCUCUGGCAUGACUAAGGCUUAUUAAGAUCAGCGGUGGAAUGACUAACAGCUCUGAUUCUCUAGGUGUUAAUUUCCUGAUAAAUAUUUACCUUAUUUUAACUAAGAAAUCACUCAUGUGAAUGACAGCCCUUGGGAUACAAAAGGAUGCUCUUUUAUGUGCGUGCUAGACUUUAAAUUGGUCUGCCAGAUAUGUCUCAGUAUCCCAAACAUUUCUGUGUACAAAACAAGAACGUGGCUAAUUGGAAGGUGUCAGCAGGGAGGGGUUCUUUGUGGCUCAGAGGUGCCCACAGACUUGAAGCCUGAUGUAUGGUCUGCAAUGAAUAACCUGCGUCACUUUUCUCAUUCGGAAGCCCAGAGCUAUCCUGUAAUAAUUGCUACUAUCCUGCAAUAAUAAUUUUCUGUACUGUGGGGAUAUCUCAUCCCAGAAAUAGACCACUUUCUUGGUAGCCAUGAGCAUACCUAUGCUCGUUAAGUGAGCAUUUGCCUAUCCAGCUGGUUAUCUGGUAAGGUGCUCAGGUAAUUGCCUGCUUUGGGAUUUGCACAACUUUGUGUAUACACUGCUUUUUCACCAAGGGUUGGACAGGAUACAACAGACUAAAUUUAGCUGGAGAACAAGGACAACAAGUUGAAAAGUCAGUAGCAUGUAUAUUUAUAGUUGCUGUUAUAAAUAUUUUUCCCUUCCUGUUUUAAAAAAGCUAUGUGGUGAAGCACUGAUUGCAACAAAGUCUGUAGGAUUUUUCUUACUGAAAACCCCAACCUGUAGAGGUCAUCCACUAUUACAAACUGAUACAUUUUUUUCAGUCGGGGCUUUAAAUAACUGGCUGAGGAAGCAGGUCUGGACAGGAUGAAGCGAAGGACAGAAAGCUGUGAGAACAGCAGUUUUCAGUGCAUGGCUGGUGGGUAGAGAAGGUUUUAUGUGGUCAUGCUACAGCGCUGCUUGUCUUUGCAGGGGUCAGAGACCACAGCAUGUUUUCCUGUCUCACUGGCAGGAAAAGGUAAUAAAAGAAAGAUAGGAGAACAGGUUGUAGUGUACCUUGCAUUUCUGCGAGUGUGCUCUGAGGUCAUGCUAUCAUGAAAACACCAGAGCCUUAGUCUGUUACAAAUAACAUAAGUUAGUGUGGCUGUUCGUUAAUGUUAUUGGUGGGAGAUGAGCGUUUACUUUUAAGUGUCUAGACUAAAACUGAGUUUAAGCAGUAGCUCUAUUUCUGUCUAAGUUACAUCUCACAGUUAGCAAUGCAACUUGCUUCUGAAAAAAAAGACAAGACCUCAGAAGCAAGCCCAGGACAGAAAUGGAGAUGUGGUAUCUGACUUGUCUGCUUUAGACACAGAAGCUGCACUUGUAGAUCAGACCCUUUUUAGGCAGAGAGGCUCUUAAAUCUAAAAUGAUUUAACUUAUUAAUAAAUAGCUCUUUCCCCUGUGCCUGAUCCCUCCCAUACGUACUGCUCUUAUCUCAUCGGGUGAUGAUAGGAAAAUUAAAUGUAGCUUUCUUGAUUUAAUUACACUGGUGCAUAAUUCGUGGGUGAAUGAUAGGUGAGAAGACUUUGCACAGAUUCUCUCAUGUUUGCACUCCGUGUGGCUUGCCCUCUAGCUCAGCUCUUUGCUUUCUUUUUAUAUUAACUAUUUUUCUCUGUAUGCUGUCUUAUCUUGGCUCUUAGUGACAGAACUAUGGGCGAUCUCAAGAGCUGUGCUAUGAUAAAAUUAGGGAGAGGUGCUGCUUACCACACCUUUGUCCAAAAUCUUGUGCCCCAUGCAUCAGAAUAGGGCUGUAAAUGACCUAGAUAUCUGGCAAAGGAAUUGUGUAUUUUCUGAAUGCAGGCAAUUCCCGGGCAUCCCAUACUUAAUUACCAAGACCAUAUGGUCUUGCUGACACCCUCCUCUGAAACAACAGGUGUCUUUUGGUGUCUGUGCUGGGUGACUUCUCUUACACAUGCCGAGCUGUGCCUGGUAAUUACUUGUCUCCUCAGUACAGGUAUGACUGAGCCUCAAAGAGGAAGGCUGUAUUAAUCAAGAAAGGGAGUGGAGGAAAGAAGGCCUUGUGUUCUGCACGACGGGCUGGCUGGGAUUGACAGGGACACCAAGUCGCUGUCUGCCAGUCAUGAAAGGAGCUCAUUACUUAUUCUGACUGUGACUGCUUUUCUGUGCUUAAGGAGUGAUAAAGGAGUAUUUUUAUCGAAUGUUGAUGUUGCUAUGAAAGAUAUGUGGAUUUUUAAAGCAUUUGCUGCAAUUGUGAUGAGUGGUGCAUAGUACUGAUAUUGCAAAACCUUUUAGGGGUGCCUGAUCUUGAGAGCAUUGUUCCUGCAGUACGAGUACUCCCGGAAUUAAUAAAGAAUACCUUUUUGUUCAGCACCUAAAUAAAAAAAAAAAAAGGUGUUGUAAAGCACAGAUGUGCCAGGCUUUAAAAAUAAAUAAAUAAGUAAAAAAGAAACACUACGCUCUUGGGAACAAGAACAUUGCAUAUUAAAUAGCCUCUUGAUAUUUCCAGUGCUAUUGCUGCCUCACAGCAGCUCACGUUAUUAGAGAUAUUGACUCUUACAUUUUACUUCUUAAUGAGAGGAGCUGAGAAGAACAGAGAGAGAGGGUAUGGAUAGAUGGAGACCACACAGAGCUUUUUCUUCUACUAAGGGCAUACAAUGAUGUUCAGUUGUCUAGAGCAGUUCUCCAGACCUUUGUGCUGGUGUUUUAUUUCCUACCAUGAGACGAUGACUUCUCUGUAGAGUCAGAACAGGGAUAUUCGGGGCGCUUCGUGCCCUACUCUUUCCUCUCAAUGCCCUCUGUCCCUCAAACCAAGGAAAAGACAGGUUCAAGCUGGCUCAAAUUGGCGUCUCUUUGAAGGCCUCCGGUGUAUCUUUGUGUCGCUUCAGCGGCUGCACAUUACUUCUGUGGGACUGAGGCUGCCCAUCUCAGCACAGCUCUCAGCUGCCCACAGGCCUGGCCUGCAGGGCUGGCAGCCCGCUGCCACUUGGAGCUGUUGACAGGCUAGAGAGUGAGCUCCCAUCAGCACCUGAUAGAGGAGGGUGGUGAGCCUGCUGAGAGCAUUUCCUGGCUCCCAGUUCUGAUGAUUCUCCUUUUCAGUGGUGUCCACUACCAAAGAGGUAUUUCAUGGUCUCCGUGGUACUGGAGGUCUGUGCAUCAGAAUAACAUUGAUGGUGCGACUGUGUUGCAGCAGUUUGUGGGACAUAUUUUUUUUCCUUUGCCAUCCUGGUAUAACUUGAUGAUGAAACCUCCUAUUGUAGACUAGAUUUCAUGCAUUGUUAGAAUUGUUACCUGCUUGUCUAUGAUAAAUCAGAGAAAUUCUCUGGUUUCUUUUGUGGCACUGAGCUGAUGAAAUAGCAACAGGAUUGAAAUGAUCUCUCUAGGGUUAAGUCUUUUGUGUGUGCACACCUUUUCUCAAGAGAGGCCGAUCGUUAUAGGAGCACACUGCACACUGAGGGCUAUGUUAAUAAUGGCUCCCUGCUGGCAUUCCCUGUGCUGCUGAAUGCAUAAUGCACAGCUGUUAAAAACAACCGUACUGUAUUGCAGAUUUCAUUUCUGGCUUCUGUUCGGUCCCCUCUCCCUGCAGAUCACAUGUUUCUGUACUUGUAUUUGAGGCUGUAUUUUCUUUAUUUUUUUUAAGGGAUAAGGUGCUAUGCUGACAAUGUGACCCUCACAAGGUAUCAAUGUCUUCUGUUUGGCUGUAACUAUCAGAAGUCAACCAAUUUCACCUAAGUUGAAUUCUUUCUGUUACUAGUUAAAAAAAAUAAAAAAUAAAAAAAAUCCAUAGAUUCAUAAAGGUUGGAAAAGACCUCUAAGAUCAUCUAGUCCAACCGUCCACCUAUCACCAAUAUUGCCCACUUAACCAAGUCCCUAAGUACCACGGUUCUUGAACACUUCCAGGGACAGUGACUCCUCCACCUUCCUUGGCAGCCUGUGCCAGCGCAUCACCACUCCUUCUGAGAAGAAAUUCUUCCUAAUAUCCAAUCUGGACCUCCCCUGGCACAACUUAAGGCCAUUCCCUCUUGUCGUAUCACUGUCACCUGUGAGAAGAAGCCAAUCCUCACCUCGCCACAGCCUCUUGUCAGGGAGUUGUAGAGAGCAAUAAGGUCUCCUCUGAGCCUCCUCUUCUCCAGACUGAACAAUCCCAUUUCCCUUAGUUGCUCCCCAUUUUGUUCCAGAACCUUCACAGCUCUGUUGCCCUUCUCUGAGCGCACUCCAGAGCCUCAAUAUCUUUCUUGUAGUGAGAAGCCUAUAGCCACCUCUGUCUCUUUGUUCAAAGGGGUUGCUCCCUGUGUGCAGUGAAAAUAGCUUGAACAUGUUUCUCUUAAUCUGUUUUAAGACGCUGGUACUUCACUUGCUCAACUACUGUUUUGAAACAUUAGGCUGUGAUGUAAAGUAUUUAGUGUAAUAGCAAGGAACAUGUCCUAAGGGCACAAAUUCUCAUGGCAGGCUUGUCAGACUGCCCACCGCCUGUUCCUUCAGUCUGUGGAAAUAUUUGUAAAAGAUUUGGGUGAAUGCUUGCCAAGCCCAAUUAUGCAAUUAUGUUUUAAGGGCAAUUUUAUAAUUACAGUGGAGGAUGGUAACCAGGAUACGUGAGUUGUUGGGUUUUGACUUUUCCUUUUUUAUUCCACAUGACUUUGCAUGAAUUCUAGUUAGAAACCAGUUGUUCAACUUUCUCGUGGGCAGCCGACUGUAGGUGAAGCUAAAUAAAGGCAAAUACAACACUGCUCAGGAAGGCUGGGGGGCAUCCUUUAUUUUAGCUUUGGUGAUUUAAAUGACAGAUGUGUUCUUGGAGACCCAGAGCAGCCUGUAGAAAGAGUCCAGUCUAGGGAAGACUCAAGAUUAAUCAAUCCUCAGUCCUGCCUGGGCUUCUUGAAGGGAAUCUCAAAACUAUGCAAGUUUGUUUUUAUUUUGUAGCUCCCACCUCCAGUCAGUGGGACUUCACUUGCGAGAGCUGCUUCAGCAUGAACAGUACCAGGUGACAAUGUGACAAUGGAACUCCAAGCAUGUCUGCGUGAGACCCUGUGUUGGCAGCUGCAGAUAGAGGCUUUGGCAUGAAUUUUUCAGCUCUCUUUGAGACUAAGUAGUAUGCCACUAAGUCCAUUAGGUAUUUCUAGGUGAUGGUAGCGUAUGAAUCUAAUCCUUGGGUUGUGUGGGUGCUAACUUGGGAAACAAGCUGUAGCUUAUUUGCUACAGUGAGGCUUAAGAACUGAAUACAUUUUACAAGAUAACUUCCCUCCUGAGCUGGGUUUUUCCUUAGCAGCCCAGAGUUGGGAUGGAUGAAAUUCCCUAUUAAAUAAACUCAUUAUUUCUGUUUAUUGGUAUUUUGGUGUAGUAGAAAUGCUAAGUCACAACUUGAAUCAGUGAUUGAGCACCUGGUGGGAAGGCAGGGCCAACCCAGGGAGCUCAGCUGCAUGCAAUGUACCUGAGUGAUUGGAAGGGGUGGAGCCAGGGUGCACCCCUUCCCAGACCUCAUUUGAGGGUUGGCAGUGGAGGUCGUGGACUGAGUGGAUUAGUAGUUCAGCCAACCUGACAGGUCCCUAAAUUUUGUGCUCUUUCAUUAAAUAAACUUUCUUUAAUUUUUUCAAAGCAUCAUUUCAAUGAUCUUCUGGUUAUAAGGGAAUUAUCAUCUCCUGUAACAUUCAGUUUAAGAAAGAUCAAUUUCAUUUCCCCCCCCCCAGUAUUUUUGACUUUUGAAAGAUACUUGAUGCUAAGUAAGUUCUAACAGUCCUGUUAAUGCAUUAUAUUUCAUGUUGGUCAGUAUGAUUUUACUUAGAAAAUGGUUAAUACAUUUUGUUGUGAGCAUGCUGUUGUCAAGUGUACAAUCUGCAUACCACUGAACAGGAGGGGCUUAGUUACUUCAAGGUUCCCAACAUCUUUGUCUUGAUACAGCAGUGGGUAACAGCUACUCCUACCCACCUGUAUUUAGGGCUCUGGGUAAGUGUAUGCACAGCACUGGGUGGUUUCAGCUUGUAGAACAAGAAGUGGAUCACGAAAAACAUUCUGGGUGCUAAACACAGAGUCUAUACACCUAUGCUCCAUUUUAAGCUGUCCCCAAAUUCUCACAGCUCUGUGCCAGUUUCUGUGUCUAAUGAUACACGAUGGGACCACAGUAAUGCCAGAAGAAUUCCCUGUCUCCCAUGCUUCAAAAGUGAUGAGAGGUGGUAUGGUAGUGAAUAUGGAGCACUAUGGUGUUGCUUUUCUUUAUCUCAGAUUGGUUUAACCCUACAACACUCUGAGGCUACAACUGGAAAUGGAAGCCUGUGUUUGAGAGCCGAGCUUCAGAAAGUCUUCAAGUAGUGAAGGUGGAUAGCUGCUCUGUUGUGUGUUGCUCCAGUAGUGGCUUUGAGAUCGAGUGCAGCACUGCUUCUAGGGGAGGCAUUACAGCCUGACCCAGUUAGGCAGUUCUAGCAAGUAAUCUUAUUUUAUACUGAAGGAAUCCCAAUGCUCUGAGAAAUUAGUUUAAAGAAUAGAGGGUCUGUGCUGAUGUAACUUGGCAAAGUCUGGCAAUGACAAGCAGUAGAAGGCAGCAGUUUGAGACAGAAAGCAAGGGAAAAUGCCUGACAGCUGAAGCUAGAAGUUCUGUUGAAUAGCAGUAAGAGAUUGGGACAGAAUCAUUUCUUUUGUCCUACUACACAUUUCUAGGACCAUGACUUAGGUGAGCACCUUAGGUGAGGUGUGGGGUAUUGUUGGUCUGCUUAGGUCUUCACUACUACAGGUGGAAUUUCUUCCACCCACUGAUGGAGUGAGAAUUUGUAUGUGAUUUGGUUCAGAAUUGCUGAGUAGCUGGGAACACUUCUCAGUAGCUGCAUCCAAAAAUAGAUAUGUUAGUUCUUGCUUUGUUGCAAAAACUGUUAGGCUGUGAGGUUUUUCUGUUCUGUGAUGACUUACUUCAACUCUCCCGUUCAUGUUGUUUGGUACUGUUCCACACUUCUCUCAAGAAAGGAUGUUUUUAUUCAGUGGUGCAUGUAUGACAUUGUUUAGAAAACCAAAUACUGAGUUUCUGAGGAAGGGUUUGGAUUAUACAAGUAUUAAAAAUAUAAAGUCAAAUGCUGUAAUCAACUUCUGUGCUUUUCCCUUUAGGCUUCUACACUUUGCAUUUUAAUGGGUCUCGUGGUGAUGCUUUGACUGAUCUGGAACACAAUGGAACUCAUCUUGGAAAAGAGUCCUGUGCUAAUAGCUCUGGCUGGGCCUGAUCCACAGGCGAGGUGCUUGGAGAUGCUUCAUGUUUGUUUUGUACCUCACCAAUUAAUGUAUAACUUAGUGGUAGAGCAGCAGGAAAGCUGUGCUUGCUGACACUUCAUGAUAUAAUGAUUUAAUCCUUCGUGACACAUUCCUGCUGAGUGUCGAAGUUGAUAACUCUAAUCUCUGUCCCUGGCUCGGUGUGACAGGACCCUGUCCUAGAGGGCAUUCUGCAGGAGCCUGCAGGCCCUUGUAGGUACUUUGUGACUGAUUUGUGUAAACUCUUGAAUGUGAUUGUACAGCAUUGCUGGGUGUAGUGAGGAAUCUGGAGCUGAGCACAGACAAGGGAGCCACUCCACCUGGGAGGAGGAGGAAAUAUCCUAAUCUACUUCUAAGUACACUUCUUCCUUUACAAAUUCUGAAGCCUGGGUGUGGGUGCAGGCAUGGUUCAGAAACUUGACCAGAAGCUUCCUGUAGCCAAUGAGUACCUGCUCCUUUCAGGCGGUGUGCGGGAAGGCGUGGUGGACAUUGAUCUUGAUGAGCUGAAUGUUUAUGCGCGAGGCACAGACUAUGACAUGGACUUCACCCUGCUGGUGCCUGCACUGAAGCUGCAUGACCGCAACCAACCGGUCACGCUGGACAUGCGCCACUCGGCGCUGUGCCACUCCUGGCUGAGCCUGCGGCUGUUUGAUGAAGGAACUAUCAGCAAAUGGAAGGAUUGCUGCACCAUCGUGGACCAUAUCAACGGAGCUACCAAUUACUUCUUCUCUCCAACAAAAGUUGCAGACUGGUUCUAUGACUCCAUUAGCAUCGUCCUCUCUGAGAUCCAGAAGAAGCCUCAGCGAGGGAUGCCAAAGGUGGAGAAGGUAGAAAAGAAUGGGACGAUCAUAUCCAUCAUCUUGGGAGUGGGCAGCAGCCGAAUGCUGUACGACAUUGUUCCUGUGGUGUCCUUCAAAGGCUGGCCAGCUGUGGCCCAGAGCUGGUUAAUGGAGAACCACUUCUGGGAUGGAAAGAUCACAGAGGAGGAAGUCAUAAGUGGGUUUUACUUGGUGCCUGCGUGUUCCUACAAGGGGAAGAAGGACAAUGAAUGGAGGCUGUCAUUUGCCAGAAGUGAAGUUCAGCUGAAAAAGUGCAUCUCCAGCAGUCUCAUGCAAGCCUAUCAAGCCUGCAAAGCUAUCAUCAUCAAAUUGCUGUCCCGCCCCAAAGCCAUUAGUCCAUAUCACUUGCGGAGCAUGAUGCUGUGGGCUUGUGACAGGCUACCAGCCAACUACUUGGCCCAGGAGGACUAUGCCGCCCACUUCCUCCUGGGUCUCAUUGAUGAUCUCCAGCACUGCUUGGUCAACAAGAUGUGCCCUAACUACUUCAUCCCCCAGUGCAACAUGCUGGAGCACCUCUCUGAAGAAACCGUCAUGCUGCAUGCACGGAAGCUGUCCUCAGUCCGCUCCGACCCCGCUGAACACCUCCGAACUGCCAUUGAACAUGUCAAAGCAGCCAACCGGCUAACGCUAGAACUCCAACGGCGAGGCAGCACCACCAGCAUCCCCUCGCCACAGUCAGACGGAGGGGACACCAACCAGCCUGACGACCGACUAGCCAAAAAGUUGCAACAGCUAGUGACUGAGAACCCAGGGAAGUCCAUCUCCGUCUUCAUUAACCCAGAUGAUGUCACAAGGCCCCACUUCAGAAUCGAUGAUAAAUUUUUCUGAGCUUUCAUCAGUGUUUCUGGGGAUUUUUUCUUCUGUUUCAUUAUUUUAAAAUACAGCGUGCAGGUUUUUUCAGUUGGUUUUCCUUGAUGACUUAGUCUCUUGUUUUUUACAUAUCCAGCAUAGAUUGGAUCUCUUGAGAACAAUCUGAAUAAAUUAUAAUUCCUGGUUCUGCAGGACAAUGCAGAUUUUGCAACAGUAUAUUACAAUUUCAUAUGCUGCUUUGAGGUUUUUUUUGAGGCACCCAUCCGCAUUUGUGAGUAGCUUCUAAAGGAGAACAUACACCAUAAACACAAAUACCAGUGUUAGACAGAAUUUUUUUUCAAGCUUCCAUAAUUUAUGUACACUGUUGGGCCCCCGGAAGGGAGAACUCACUUUCCACUGUGUAGGAAAUUCACUUUUUAUUUUUUUUCUCCAUGAGCUUCCAUCACCCUAAAGAAAUGAGAGAGACUUUGGGUUGGAAAGCACUACUGGUAAUCUGAUGAGGCCAAAUCUAGCGGGCUAAAGCCCAGUUCAUCUGUUCUUCACACUUUUCCUACCUGGGGAGAACGCUGACUUUAGAGAUAUUGAUGAUUUUGGGAGGAAGAGUUGUUUCUGUUUUGAUCUACUUUUUGAAUGUAAUUGUUCAUAAUUGGACCUUGUGUAGUCCAGAGGGUUGUUUCUGCUGCUUUCCCAUGUGGAAUAAGGUUAUGGAAUGUUAGUUUUAGUGUGUGUAAUUAUUCAAAGCCUUAUUUAAAUUCUAUUAAAGAACAUACCAUUAUAAAUGUUAAUUGCACUAAUGAAAUCUCUGCCAUUACCUCA